GCGCCCUGCCGCGCGGCGCACGGCACGUCCGCCCCCCUGCAGCGCCCGGCGGAGCAGCAGCAGGCCCCGGCGCCGCCGCCAUGGUGGGCCGGGAGAAGGAGCUCAAGAUCCGCUUCGUGCCGGGGCGCUGUGAGCUGGUGGAGGAAGAUGUUGAUAUUCCUAGCAGGCGAGUUUUGAUUACUGGUGCUACGGGACUUCUUGGCAGAGCCGUGUUUAAAGAAUUCAAUGAAAAUAAUUGGAAUGCAGUUGGCUGUGGAUACAGGAGAGCUCAGCCUAGAUUUGAACAGAUUAAUCUUCUGGACUCUGUUGCAGUUCAUGACAUCAUCCACGACUUUCAGCCUCAUGUUAUAGUGCAUUGUGCUGCUGAGAGAAGGCCAGAUGUUGUGGAGAGUCGACCAGAUGCUGCUUCUCAGCUCAAUGUGGCUGCUUCAGGGAAUUUAGCAAAAGAGGCAGCUGGAGUUGGAGCGUUCCUGAUCUACAUUAGUACAGACUAUGUAUUUGAUGGAACAAGCCCUCCUUAUAAAGAGACUGACGUACCAAAUCCCCUGAAUUUAUAUGGUAAAACCAAACUGGAUGGUGAAAAGGCAGUCCUGGAAAAUAAUGAAGAUGCUGCAGUACUUAGGAUUCCUGUCUUGUACGGAGAGGUAGAAAGACUGGAGGAAAGUGCUGUGACUGUUAUGUUUGAUAAAGUGCAGUUCAGUAAUAAAUCUGCCAACAUGGACCACUGGCAACAAAGAUUUCCUACUAAUGUCAAGGAUGUAGCGACUGUUUGCAGACAACUAGCAGAGAAGAGAAUGCAGGACCCAUCAGUAAAAGGAACGUUUCACUGGUCUGGCAAUGAACAGAUGACCAAGUAUGAAAUGGCGUGUGCAAUUGCAGAUGCUUUCAACCUGCCCAGCAGCCACUUGAGACCGAUUACUGAUUGUCCAGUUGUGGGUGCUCUUCGUCCGAGGAAUGCUCAGCUAGACUGCUCAAAGUUGGAGAUGCUGGGGAUAGGUCAGAGAACGCCAUUUCGAGCUGGGAUCAAAGAAUCACUUUGGCCUUUCCUUGUUGACAAAAGAUGGAGGCAGACAGUCUUCCAUUAGUUUGUAACUUUUUUAGUAAAAGUAUGGUAUGUGGCACUUUUUUAAAAGAAAAAAAUAGUUUUGUAUGAGUGUUCUUAAAUUGUGACAUUUAUCAGUUUUCAUUUAAUCAGGUAAACAUAUGGUCUUGCACUAGUGAAAUCGUUAGCCUAAAAAAAAGUUCAGUGACAAAAACUGAGCCUAUGUGAUGUCAUGGAUCUUUCCUCUCAUUUGUACCAGUCUAACUUAAUGUCCGUUCCUAGCGGAUUCUGGUUCUUUGUACCAUUUGAUGCUAAGAUGACUCAGAUCACUUGUAGACUUACUUUUGGCUGAAAUACAUUGUUGAUGCUUAAGGUUCUGUGCCAUUGUUGUAUAUACCAUUUCCCUUCAUUAAAAGACGUGGUCAGUUACUUUAUCACCACAAAUCUGAGGGUUUUGUUUUUAACUUCUGGAGGUGGUGUUCUUAUGAAGUUGAAGUAGGAAUUGUUAAAUGUUUGUUUUGCUUGAGCUCUGAUCAAAAUGUUUUUUAAAGAAAAGUGAAACUUUAUUUUUGCAAUUAUCAAGUGUACUUUUUAUGCUUGAAAUAUUUUCAGAAUGUUCUGUAACUUGAAUGCUUGCAGCUUCAUAUUUGUACAGUAAGUUGUAUGCAUUUGUUUUAAUGGUGACAUAUUAAAGCUAAAAGAGGGUUGGGAGGGUGGGGAACAAAUAGUUUUGACCCGGGUUUUUUUGGGUGGGGGACUGCAUUUGGGUGAUUACUAUUUUUUUUUUUUUCCCAAGUAGGGGGUUGUUUGUGUUCUGUAUAAAAACAUGAAAUAUCUUCAUCUUUCUCUUUCUUUUGGGUAGUAUUUGGGAUUGGUGAAAUUACUGGGAGGAAGAUGUUUGUUAGUCAAUACAUGUGAGACGGAGAGGAAAAUUAUUUCAAGAAUUUGUAGCACUGUGGCUUCUUUUGCACAGACUCUCAGAUCUUGCACUGAUGUAGCUUGUUCUGGAACAGCAAAGUGCAUGUGUUGAAGGUUUGCCUCAUAAUAGUGUAACUGCAAUUGUCUAAUAUAAGCAAAUCUCUAAUUUGCUUUAGUCUAGUCCUUAAAGAUGGACUCAGUAGCCAGGUAAAGUGGAGGAAGAACAUGGUUUGUAAAGGCUAGCUUCCUUCUGAACUUGUAGAAUCAACACUAUAAAUGUUCUGAGAUUGCCAGCAGAUCAUUAGUAAAACUAGGAAAAGCUGCAUUUGGAUGAUCAUUUAUUUUUCUGAGGUUGAAAUGGAGGGGGAGGGAAAGAUGUUCAGCUUUUAAUUUAAAAAAAAAAAUAGGGGGGGAUGAAACAAAAAUAAACCAACUGAAGAUCUUCUAAAGGUCAGCUUUAUGUUCAGUCAUUUAAUUUCCAACUGGCAUAUGCUAAGAGUUCAUAAUCCCAAUAUGUUUUGAGUCUGAAGUCCUGAUAUAUACAUGGUGACCUAUUUCCAGAAUGACAAUAAAUAUAUAUUGGCAGCAUGAGAAACAGUUGUUGAUUUGUUCUUUACCAUCAGGAUUUGUUGAUCUGAAUCAUAAAUAUUUGCAAUUCUUCUUGAAAUCUGUGUGCUCUUUCAGUGACUUGCCCCUCCUGCCCCUCCUUAAUUGUGCCGCUGCCUUGGGAAUGUGAUAAAUGUACACCAAAAAAAAAAAUACAGGAGGUUUUGAAAACACGAGCCUGAAACACCCUGUGCCUCAGUGCUUGAUUAAGAAAAUUCUGAGUACAUCCUCUCCGCUUGCAGGCAGCUAAGUUUUUAUUACAUUUGACACUAUACUCUUUAAAAAAUCACAGUAAAUUUAAAACUGAUAUGAAAAAUAGGGCAUAGAGAUAACAAAAGCUACAAGAAAACAAAAUUUUAAGGAGCACUGAGGUGGACAGUAGACUUGCAGUUCCAUUGUGUGGAGAUUAUUUUUUUUUUUUUUCCUUGACAUACACAAUCAGAAGUGACAGUAUUUUAUUAAAAUCAAGUAGCUAAAUAAUUCUCUAAGUGGUUCUCUCUUUAUCUCAUUUCCAUUUUAAAAACGUGGGAAAAUACAUUAAUAUUUGGAAGGCAGUAUAUGCCAUUCUGGAUUCAUUGCUGAUUUUUGUUAAGCUGUGCUCAAAUUGCUUAUUGCUAGAUCCACACAAAAAACCUCAAAACCACAUGGAUGUUGCAAUAUUGACUAGCUCAGUAUCCAAUUCUGUACUUUUUUUUUUUUUUUUUUUUAACAAAAGGGGCUUCCUUUCUAUUUCAGAUGAUGCAAAACCGUCUCUUCCACCUACAGGAAAGUGCUCUGGCCAUCCAUUCCCUUCAGCUGGUAUAAUUUAAUUGUCACUGCAAACAGAGCAGUUUGACCAGGAAGGAAAAAGGAGUUCUCUCCUAAACAUAAAGCACUUAAUAGGGAUGAGUUGGGCAUUUUACUGGAAGGAGAGAAUUGGAAUUUUGAAUUUUUCUCACUGAGCACUUCUUAAAAUCUACAUUUGCAGAAUCAUUUUUGUGUUUAGUAAAAUCUACAAUUGUUCAAACAGGAAAGGGUGGUUUAGGGAACUCAGCAUUCUAGAUAACAUUUUUGUAUAAGGCGUUGGCAGUAUGAUUUAGUGUUACCCAACUCAAUACUUAAUUUUUCCAGUUAAAAAGAGGGUGAAUAUAUUCAUUUGAAAAAGAAGUGUCUAGAUCUGGUUACUGGAGUAAGUUUCAAAGGAUGAUAGUACGAUUGGAAGAUACAAAGAUGACAAGAGAUGUAUCAAAAAAGUCAUUUUCUAAGUUGCACUCUUGAAUAGUUGGAUGACCAAAGAUACAGAAAAAUCAAAUCUUAAGGCAACAGGAGUUUUCCCACUUCCUGCUGCAUCCCUUCCACAAAAAGUUGUUUAGAUAUAUUCAAGGGCAUAUUCAAUGAAAACUAUAUUCCCAGCUAGACCGCAGUCCAAGGGUCUUGUUACUAGGGCUUUCAAAAAUGUCUUGGAUGCAGUUUUGACAACUCUAAAGUUAUUUUGAGGUGUAAGGGAAAUCAAACCUAAAAGGUUUUAAAGUAGGUUCUCACUGACUAUAACUGGGUUAAAUGGGUAGCUCCUUUCAUUCAUCAACUUUUACAGCAUGGCUCAAAAGUAUAACCUAGACUGAAGCCUCACUAUUUAAUCCUUUUGACCAGGAGUUUUGGGGUAAUUCUGUCUAAAUUCUGGCAAGGUGGUCAUGAACAUCAAGCUGUCAUAUUAAAUAGGUGGUAAGUCCCAAGAUGAGAUAUUCAAUCCUUUUAUAUAUAUGUGUGUUAAGAUCUGGAUUCUGUUCACACAAAUACACAUUUUAUUGCAGUAUGCUAAUGAUUAAGUUUAGCAAUCUAUAUUUAUUUAGCAAUGUAUUUUCCAUUUUGCUCCAUAUGUAGUCU